GUGCGGGAAAAAGUACUCUAGGAAACUUGCUUCUCGGGAAACCACAUAAUAAUGGUACUUUUAAUGCUUCAGCGAGUAUGGAUUCCGUCACGAAGGAAUGUAAAGCGGAGACAAUGUCAAUCAAUGGUAAAAAGUAUACAAUUGUUGACACUCCCGGAAUUUUUGACACCCGUCAAGAUAUAGAUAAAACACUUGAAGAAAUUGCAAAAUCUGUUAAUAAAAUUAAACAUGGUGUAAAAGCAAUUCUUAUAGUUAUUGAAUGGGGUCGGUUUACCAAUGAACAGAAUGAAGCAUUGAAUAAAUUAAGAAUUUUUCUUGGAAAAGACGCAACAAACCAUAUUAUAGUUGUUUUUUCUCGUGCAAAUCCAGACCAUAUCAAAAAUAGAAAUGAAAUGAUGAGGUCUUCGACUGAUUCCAUUCGAUCAUUUAUUCAAAAUGUUAGAAAUCGUUGGGGGAUCUCUCCAAAUCCUUAUUAUCCUGAAGACCCAUUUUAUGGUACACUAUUAAGGGAAAUCAAGGAUUUAAUAAAUGGCAUGCAGGGUGUUUAUCCAACUGAACAGCUUGAAAAAAAUCUGCGUGAACAAGAGGAGGCUCGACGUCGAAAAGAAGAGGAGGAUAGAAGAAAAGGACAGGAAUACGAAGAAAGGCUAAAAGAAAAUGCAAGAAGUGAAGCUGAGGAAAAGUAUAGGAAAAAGAUAGAGUUAUUGGAACAGAAACAAAGGGAGAGUGAAAGUGAACAUGUUGAGGAAACAGAUCCUGCGGUAAUAAUGACUCUUGCAGGAUCUGGAGUUUUGACGGGUGCUGCUGUUUUAGGGCCAGCAGGUGCACUUUUAGGUGGUAGUAUAGGUGCUGUUACGGGAAUUAGGUAG